AUGAAGGCCAUAGCUGUAUGCGCGUUCCUUGCAGGGCUGACGGGGGCCGUUGAUGUCUACUUGCAUCCAGCGAGCGCGACCGCCUCCAGCCUUAGUGCAUUGAAAGCAGAUGCCGCGCUCUCGCGUCAUCUGGGACUCGAGUAUCAUGCGGCCCUUGGAGAUGACAUCGAGAUGAAUGAGGCCCUGGGGAGGCAAGAGCCAUUCGUAGGGAAGGGUCCUGGAAGUGCAUUGCUCGUUGGUGUCAACGAGGAAGACGCCGCAGCUGCCAUUCCUGCAUCCUAUGAGAAGUCAUUCUCUCUGUCGUCUGGAACCUACACAGCAUCACUCUCGACGCUCAUUCCUACAUUCCUCGACCGCGCUCACCAUACCUAUUCUCACAUAUACGCACCCGAAACGCUACCUGAGAAGACUCCCCGCAUAAUCGACAUCUUCUCCGCCCCUUCUUCCGCGUCACAAACCUUCCUGUCGCAGAUGACCACUCUUGUCAACUUCGCGGAGUCUGAUGACGUCCCUACCGACAAGUUCGCCGCCGUCCUUCUUUCGGGCCUCUCCGAACUGGCUGCGGAACACGGUCGCGAAAGCGAGCAAUACAAGCUUGCUGCAGAAACCAUUCGGGGUUUCCUUUCCAGCGUGACCGAGAAGCGUGACCUCAAGCUCGCGGUCAUCACAUUCCCUUCGUCGGUAACCCACGUCAACAGGCAGGUGAGCUCCACGCUCCAGCCACCGCAGACGCCUUUCCCGCCUCCCAAGCCUGGCCCUGCCGAGCCCAUCAACGCAAUCGCGACAUGCUACUCUACGGCCGAGGCAUGUGGUAACUCAACGAGCUCGUGCAGCGGCCACGGUCAAUGCGUGCAGGCAAGCAAGCAGGGCCACACGUGCUAUGUCUGCGCCUGCUCUGCAACGAAAGAUACGAAGGGACACACGGAAAACUGGGCUGGAAAUUCUUGUGAGCGCAAGGAUGUCAGCGGGCCGUUUGUGUUGCUUUCGGGGACAGUCAUUGCCCUCGUUUUGCUUGUUGGUGGCUCGAUCGCGCUGCUCACUGCCAUUGGCGAGCAGGAGCUGCCGAGCACGCUGACAGGUGGUGUUGUACCCUCGAGAAAGGAUUAG